AUGAGGUCAUUGAGACACACACAUCAGGCCCUCCAUGGCACACAUCUGCAAAGUCUCUCAAUGCCACGCCGGCCUGGCAUUGUGCCUCGUGAUCGAUUGCCUUUGCUAACGAUGGCCGAAACACCAACGCUAGCGAGGAGGGAGCCUUUGCCAUCUACCGACUCCUCCUCUAGCUCAUCUUCUUCAUCCAGCGAGACCAAACCGACAAGCACGCUUACUACCACGACUUUGCCCGUUGUUCUAGGAGCAGUGAUUCCCGUUGUGAUUGCCAUAGCUAUUCUACUCUACCUGCACCGCAGAAACGUGAAGAAGCUCCGUAACGAGGACGCGAAUGACAAGCACAAAUCUCUCGACUUUGGUCUAGAUUUGGCGCCCACGGGGGCGAAGCCCAUGCAACAGGCUGAGAAACUUGAUCGUAACGCGGCUCAUAAUAAAGGGGUAUCGCUGGAUAUCGGGCCUAGCCCCUAUCUUCUUCCGCCUGGAUUGCACAAUUCCAGGGAAUCCCUGAGUUCUCUGUCCAGAUCCAUCGGUGAUGGGGAUGAUGACAAGUACCGACAUGUAGGGUCGUUUCUGGGUGACAAUGCAUCGCUCAGGUCGCACUCGAGAGGUCCCCAGGAUGAUGCGUCAAGCUUUACGGGCUCAACCAGACGGGGCGCGCUUGGUGACGAUAUGAACCAAGGGCUUCUGCGAAAUGCCCAAAGAAUGUCGCGCUCAUCGCCUCCGCUCUACACAAUUCCUUCUGCCGAUCGCAAUGUGCAGAGUCCAGCCAGCUCUGAUCACGAACGCGAUCAUGGGUUUCAGCUGGACCUGCCCAGAAGCCCGAGCCCCGUGCAUGUACCGGGAAUGACUAUCAGCGAGCCGAACCCAAUGACAAGCCACGAACCCGAAUUCAGUGGAACCCAUGUCAAUGCUGAGGCUAGUGCUAAGGAGAAGCGCUUAUCGCAUAUGCCUUUUGAAAAUGCACAGUACUCAAACCUGACCCAUCCCAGCGAUAACAGUCAGAAUGAGGACGUGGGUCCCAGUCCACUCCCUCAGCAUCAUGCAAUUACCCCGUUACAUGAUCCUCUUCCACUUCACCUGGACUCAAACACAACUUCCGCGCACACCGCAUCGAUUCCCACUCCUCGGAUCUCGCUUCCUCUGAGUGAUGCGCCUAGCGAUUAUGGUGACGCAAGGAGGUCAACAAUCCCAUCCUUCAAUGUGCAAGAGGUAGCCAGCAUCGCGGGCCCUGCAGAUAGCCCGGAGAAGUCCACUGUCCCUGCAGUGCUUUCGGAAGAGCCACGAACUCAGAACGCAGGUCUUGAUCCUCGUCGUGAGACCCGACGGAUGACCCUUGGGCUUCGUCCUCUGCCGCCAGAGGAUCCAUCUGACAACCCCGAGCAACGUGCCAAUCGUAUCCGGUCAUUCUACAAGGAAUACUUUGAUGAGAAUAAAACAGGUCGGGAAACAGUCUACCAGGACUAUGGGCCGGAGGUCUACGCUGAAAAUGGUGGCUAUGUGUACGAUCCUAUGAUGGGUGAUCACUUUAAUGCAGUCCCGGCGCCAUUUGCUGAACCGGUAACUCGCCGUGCCAUGACUCCUCCACCUCGCGCGCCUCCGCGCUUUCAAGGGGCAGCUCGGCAUAUGGCCACCGGCUCGGACGGAGGCUUCAACGAUCGAUUCCAAAGCCCCGGCCCCCGUGCAUUUUCCUCUGCCUCUGGUCGGUUACCAGGACCACCAAAGCCGCGCAAGGCGGUGCCCCCACCGUCACCACUUCAAAUCCUUCCUACUCCGCAUAUGUUGAAGGACGAUUCCUUAAUGACGGCCAUCGAUUAUGCUCCCGCCAAUCACUUUAAGGAUCAGAAGGAGGGCCGGCCAGGGACGCCUUUAGGUGGUCUACAGCCAUUUAGCCUGGCGGUGCCAGUCCAUUCGCCACUCGUCUCUGCUUUCGACGACCUUUCAGCCCUACCUAGCGCGCACGCAUUGCGAAAGUCAGGCGCUUAUGACACUUUGGACUUUGCACCUCCUCCUCGCUUCAAGAAUGAUACUGCAAGCGAUGCAGGCAGUAUUCGCAGCAACCACACAGGGAUUUCCACAACCCAUCUGCACAACAUCCGCACUGGUGCGUAUCGCGUCAGCCGCUUGCCCCCGGACACUGUGGGUACCAAGGAUGAUUUGAUAUCAAACCUCCGUCCUACAUGGGAUAUGCGGCAUUAAACAUCGACGUUUCUGCUUAGUUCUUUCUUCCCCGCCGUAACGAUUUCCCCCUUUGCCACAGUCAUCUGGUGCUUACAUACCUUAUCACGAUCUAUUCUUGUCUAUUAUAUUCUGUCCCAGCGGUACUUCUUUGAGGAACCGGGCUUGAUUUAGCAACUUUCCCGAUGUUCAGUGGCGUGAUACAUACAAGGGGCUUCUGUUCUUCGUAUCUGCUUUUACUAGGCGCUGGAUAUGAAUAGUCAAUUUCCAUAACCUUCAACUUGCAAAUAUGAUAUUCUUGGAGGCGGAUCGUCGGAGGCCACGGCCGAUGAUUCCCGAUCCCAAAUGUAUUGGAACUAGCGCCAUGUUUAUAUAUCACACUUAUCAAUUUUGUGCUGUGUAGGCACUGCCUGCGAAGAAUCUCAGUACG